UGAGUCUACUGAGAAAGAGGGAAUCACUAUUCAGGGGUACUGUAUAUACAAUCUAGGUCAGCUGCAGCUGGUUACUGCAUUUCUCCAUGUGGCAGACAGAGCAAAGCUACAACGCUUUCUCUGCUGGAUUAAAGACGUCCCACAGACCAGAUCUUCUACUAUACUACUUAAAAUUACAUAGGUUGCUUGUCAAAUUCAAUUGAUGAGUAUUGUAAAAGGAAAAAGAAGUUCCUUCUUACAGCGUGGAUUCAACGGUCCAAAACAAAAAUGCAGCUUCCAUUAAAGUAACAGAUGAACAAACUUCUACACUGAUUUUUAAAAUCAAGAAUAAGGCAGCAAGUUUCUGGAUUCACUGUAUCAACAGAUACAAAAAGACAUCAUUUACAACCUCAUUCAAAAUGAAGGCUUUUACCUGGACCCUAGGUGUGCUAUUCUUCCUGCUAGUGGACGCUGGACACUGUAGAGGAGGACAAUUCAAAAUUAAAAAAAUAACCCAGAGAAGAUACCCUCGUGCCACAGAUGGUAAAGAGGAAGUAAAGAAAUGUUCAUACACAUUCCUGGUACCUGAACAAAGAAUAACAGGGCCAAUUUGUGUCAACACCAAAGGGCAAGAUGCAAGUACCAUUAAAGACAUGAUCACCAGGAUGGACCUUGAAAACCUGAAGGAUGUGCUCUCCAGGCAGAAGCGGGAGAUAGAUGUUCUGCAACUGGUGGUGGAUGUAGAUGGAAACAUUGUGAAUGAGGUAAAGCUGCUGAGAAAGGAAAGCCGUAACAUGAACUCUCGUGUUACUCAACUCUACAUGCAACUAUUACAUGAGAUUAUCCGUAAAAGGGAUAAUUCACUUGAACUUUCCCAACUGGAAAACAAAAUCCUCAAUGUCACCACAGAAAUGUUGAAGAUGGCAACGAGAUACAGGGAACUAGAGGUGAAAUAUGCUUCCUUGACUGAUCUCGUCAAUAACCAAUCAGUGAUGAUCACUUUGUUGGAAGAACAAUGCUUGAGGAUAUUUUCCCGACAAGACACCCAUGUGUCACCCCCUCUUGUCCAGGUGGUACCACAACAUAUUCCUAACAGCCAUCAGUAUACUCCUGGUCUGCUGGGAGGUAACGAGAUUCAGAGGGAUCCAGGUUAUCCCAGAGAUUUAAUGCCACUACCUGAUCUGGCAACUUCUCCCACCAAAAGCCCUUUCAAGAUACCCCCGGUAACUUUCAUCAAUGAAGGACCAUUCAAAGACUGUCAGCAAGCAAAAGAAGCUGGGCAUUCGGUCAGUGGGAUUUACAUGAUUAAACCUGAAAACAGCAAUGGACCAAUGCAGCUAUGGUGUGAAAACAGUUUGGAUCCUGGAGGUUGGACUGUUAUUCAGAAAAGAACAGACGGCUCUGUCAACUUCUUCAGAAACUGGGAAAAUUAUAAGAAAGGGUUUGGAAACAUUGAUGGAGAAUAUUGGCUUGGACUGGAAAAUAUCUAUAUGCUUAGCAAUCAAGAUAAUUACAAGUUAUUGAUUGAAUUAGAAGACUGGAGUGAUAAAAAAGUCUAUGCAGAAUACAGCAGCUUUCGUCUGGAACCUGAAAAUGAAUUCUAUAGACUGCGCCUAGGAACUUACCAGGGAAAUGCAGGGGAUUCUAUGAUGUGGCAUAAUGGUAAACAAUUCACCACACUGGACAGAGAUAAAGAUAUGUAUGCAGGAAACUGUGCUCACUUUCAUAAAGGAGGCUGGUGGUACAAUGCCUGUGCACAUUCUAACCUAAACGGAGUAUGGUACAGAGGCGGCCAUUAUAGAAGCAAGCACCAAGAUGGAAUUUUCUGGGCUGAAUACAGAGGUGGGUCAUACUCGUUGAGAGCAGUUCAGAUGAUGAUCAAGCCUAUUGACUGAAGAGAGACAGUCACCAAUUUAAACGACACAGAACUUUGUACUUUUCAGUUCUUAAAAAUGUAAAUGUUACCUGUAUAUUACUUUGCACAAUUUAUUUCUACAUACAAAGUUUUUCAAAUGAAUUUUACUGUAACUAUAAAAGGGGAACCUAUAAAUGUAGUUUCAUCUGCCACCAGCUACUGCAGAGAAUUAUGUGUAUCCAUAUACUAGUUAUUUUAAAAAUUAUGUUGACUAAAUACAGUUUGUUUUCUAAAAUGUAAAUACUUGUCACAAUGUAAAACAAAUCUUAGCUAUAUUUUAAAUCAUAACUAAAUAACAUGUUCAAGAUACUUAACAAUUUAUUUAAAAUCUAAGAUUGCUCUAACUUCUAGUAAAAUUUUUUUUUAAAAUUUCAGCCAAGUAAUGCAUUUUAUUUAUAAAAAUAUAGACAGAAAAUUAGAGAGAAACCUCUAGUUUUGCCGACAGAAAAUACUUCUUCCAUUGAAUAAAAGCUAUUUCAAACUGAA